AUGGAGAAGCAGUCGAAGUUAAGGAUGCAGAUCUUAAAGUUUCUUUCACAAGCUGCGGCUCCUGCAGUCACCUACAAAAGCCCGCCUGCAAGUCCCCGGCAUCCUAUUGUAUCGAUCAUUCCGAGAGAGGCUAGGAGAAAGCCUAGGAAUGGAUCCAGUAGUUUUGCUUCGAAAGAACCUACCUCCCCAAAGGUUUCUUGCAUGGGCCAAGUCAAAGGCAAGAACAAGAAGAAGAAGAAGAAGAAGAGCAAACCAAAGCCUAAGCAGGUCUGCCCUCCACCACCAGAAGAGAGCACUAGUCUAGCUCUUUGUGUUCCCAAAGAGAAGACUUUCAGGGUCUCAAAUGUCAUCCCAAAGUUGCUCAUGAACCAAGGUAAGACAAAGGAUGAUGGUUCGGUUGCUACAAGCUCAUUAUCUAGAACUAGUCGUGCAGCGGAAAGAGUGCCUUCGUUGGGCCAUAUGAAGAGGUUUGAGAGCCGCCGUGGUGUCUUGUCGGACUUCGAUUUAACAGAGGUUGAUGAUGAACCUCAUCGUUUAGACAACUUGAAAAUUGGGGAAACCAUCUUUGUAUAUAAACCGAAAUACUUGAAUGGAUUAAUCAAUCAAUCGAAAGCGAUUUCUACUAAAAUUUCGUGUUAG